AUGUUUGCCAUAAUUACCGAUAGAAACUUUUCUCCAUUGGAUAUACGUUUGUAUCCUUUAACACUGAAUUUUUAUAGAAAACGCUCGGCUGUUAAAUUAUUACACUCUCAUACCGAUGCUGUAAUAGAUAGAAAAAUUGAACAGAUAAAAAACUGUGAUGAAAAAAAUAAAAAACUAAACGAUAGUGGAACAAAAAAGAGAAUGGCCUUUUUAGAUUUGCUUUUGAAAAGCACUAUAGAUGGUUUUCCUUCAACUAGAGAAGAUAUUAAAGAAGAAGUAGAUACGUUUAUGUUUGAGGGCCAUGAUAGUACAUCUUCAGGUAUUUCGUUUGCGAUGUAUACCUUACCAAAUAAUCAACGAAUGCAGCAAAAAGCAUUGGAAGAACAAAUUGAAAUAUUUGGCGGAUCAACAAAGAAGCCCGAUCAACCACAUCUGAUUUUCAAAAAAUUAAAUAUUUGGAACUUGUUAUAA